CCCCUGCUUUAAUGAAAGCAUUUUAAAAGGGGGGGGAGGGGGUUGGGGGGUGAUUUUUUUUUUUUUCCCCUUCAACCCAAGUCAUCUCGGGUGCCCUGAGGAUCUCCAGAGAAGAUGGGGAGGAAAAAGAUCCAGAUCCAGAGGAUCACAGACGAACGGAAUCGCCAGGUGACCUUCACCAAGAGGAAGUUUGGGCUGAUGAAGAAAGCCUACGAGCUGAGUGUGCUGUGUGACUGUGAGAUCGCCCUCAUCAUCUUCAACCACUCCAACAAACUCUUCCAGUAUGCCAGCACUGACAUGGACAAAGUGCUGCUCAAGUACACGGAGUACAACGAGCCCCACGAGAGCAGGACCAACGCAGACAUCAUCGAGGUGAGGCCAAACAUCCCCUCCCUGCCUCUGGAACCAGUGCUGGGUGACAAGGGGUUGGGUCCUGGGGGUAAGCAGAUCUCCAGUGCUGCUUGGUAGCCUCGUUUUGCAGCUUUUUUGGGGGCUAGCCUGCAAAAAUAUUCACUUCUGGGUGGCAGAAGUUGUGUGUUGACCUGGGAAUUAUGUGUGGAGGUACUGAACUGAGGCUCAGCUUUCCUUUGGGGGACUUUCCCAUGGUCCAGGGGUGGGUUUGGAGGCAUCUUCCAGGGUUACCUGACUGCAGUGCCUUGGUGGCAUUGCCCCUUUCUGUCCUUUCAGACUGAGAGUGCCCGAAUUGCAGAAUAAUUCAGGUUGGGAGGGAUCUUUGGGUGCCUCUGAUCCAAGCAGGCUCAAAUCUCAUGGCUGAGCAGGCUUGCCCAAGCCUUGUCUGGCUCCAUUUUGGGGCUCUCUCCAAGGAUGCUGAGUCCAGCACUGCCAGGGCCACCAUGUCCAGACCUUGCUGAUGCCAAGGAGAUGCUUGGAAAUCAUUUCCAGUGACCCACACUGACCCUCCCUGUCACUUUGUCCUUGUCCCUGGCACUGCCAGAGCAUCUCUGGGCUUGAGCCCAGGGCAUUUGGGCCACAGGUCUGUGCCAGUGACAUCUUGGCCAUUGGUCCCAUCCUCUCCCCAGCAGCCUGGGAAUCCCUUUGGUGCAUCUCAGGCUUUGGAUUCAUGAAGGAAAAAACAAAAAAAACCCCCAAGCCAACCUGCCACCUAAAUCUUCCUUUUUUCCCCCCCUUUUCAAGAGCUUUGCACUUGUCCACCCAGUUCCCACCCCCAGGCCAUGGCCAAGCAUGGGGCAACACCCACCCCCCCACCCUUCACUGGGCUUUGGUGAUGGUUUUGCUGCUGCAAAACGAUUGUGUAGGGGCCUCAGAAAUGGUUUCAAAAAGGUCUUUUUGGGGUCUUUUGGAGCCCACCAUGAAAAGCCACCAGGGUUUUGCCAGCUGGGCUCCUCAGCUCAGCCUCUCCGGGUUGCUCCUGUUGGAACAGAUUUCUCUUG